CUCAAGAGAUCAAAAUGAACCUGGAAUUCGGACUGUUCGAGUGGUUGGGAUGGUAUCAGAAUGCCAUGCCGGAUUUCAUGACCCCCGAGGAAAUGAGCGACGCUGGAUACAACGUGGAGAUGUCGUACAAGCCGUUCAUUUCGUUGCUUCAAUUGCAAGACACCGAGGAGUCGUGCGAAGAGCAUUACUCGCGCAACUUCUUCGUGACCCAAUGCAUUCUCCAAGCCACAGAAGAAUCCGGUGGAAACGUGCUGCUGGUGGCGCAUGCGUCAUCCUUGGACACGUGUACCCGACAAAUUAUCGGUCAGUCGCCCCGGCCCUUCAACGAUAUGUUGGCCGUGGUCAGAAAAGUCCCUUAUUGUAGUGUGGCGUGCAUCGAGGAAACUCAAAAAGGUGCCAUUGACUCGCACAAUCCUUUGGGUUGGAAGUUGAUGGAGCCGCCCAUCCCACCUUUAAGCCAUUCCAGCAAUGCAAGAUAUGAUUGGACCGUUGUUCGUGAUGGAGCUCCCGUUCCUAAGAAAUGACUCUCGCCUCAUUUUAUAUACCUUCUUUCACCUUAUCUCAAUGUGUCUAAUAAAUGUAUGAACCAGUGAAUAUCUGACAAUUGUGCUUUACAGAACAGAAGAGCCAUGCCCAGUGUUCACCCAGUGUGCUACGUGUCCGGGUCCGCGCCCGUUUCUUGUCUGGAUUUCCAUCAACCUGAUCAUUCGCCCGGGCAAAUUCUGGCGGGUGACGUGGAAGGGCGCCUGUAUGCUUGGAGCUUGCUCUCAUGGGAGUGUCAACAAAAGAUUCGAAUCUUUCCCGCCGGUGGUUGUACCUUCUUGAGAUGCAUCGGGGAUCAAAUCAUCUUACAAGGGAGGUUGACCAAAGGGGAAAAUUCGGCUUUGGUAUUAAUGGGGCUUCAAGAUCGAGAAGGUGUGUCCAAUUGGACCAAGAUCUGGCAAGCCGACAAAGAAGACUACAAUCACGAUGGAUUCUGCAAAGGAUCCAACCACGGCCAAGUUCUUGCUUUGCCCUUGGGAACCUCGGAUAUCCAAGUGUGUAUUAAGGACGAGGCCCAAGUGAAGAAACUGGCUCUUCUGAGGUUGGACUCGAAUGUGUUCGGAAACUUGAUGUCUGUGAAAGUGAGUAAGAUUGAGGAUCAAAUUCGAAUCUUAUCCGGAUCAGAAAACGGGUGCAUUCAUUUAUGGGAUUGGGCCGACGCACUCAUUUUGGCCAAAUUUGAAUUGGCUCCAAUGAUUCCAUUCGCUUUGGAUUUCGACUCUUCGUCUGCCCAAGGAUUUAUCGGCGGUGAUCAGGAGUAUGUGGUCUCGUUCAAGAUACAAAAUGGCAACUUCCAGAAAUUGUGUCAGAGAGAGAUCCCUUCCAAAGGGAUUUCUCACGCUCAAAUCAGAAAAUCGGGCGGAAAAAUCGUGGUCUCGGCGUGCUGGGACUCAACAAUCCGAGUCUUCUCGUGGGUCAAACCAAGCCAAUUGAAGCCUUUGGGUGCCUUGAAAUUUCACUCGGAAACCAUUGAGGCUGUGCAAUGUGCCCGUAAACCGGUUGCUUCCCAUGGAAAUAAGAUUCUGAUUGCCGCGGCUUCUAAGGAUAAGAAAAUCUCAUUCUGGGACAUUUAUAACGAAUAAAAAUAUAUUAAUAUUUCA